UUGACGCUGGAGCAGAUUGAAAGACUUAACAAUUUAGACACAGUUGAUGAUGUAGUUCGUAUGCUCUCCAACCAAAGUCAUGAUAUAGAAACUCCAGUAAUCGCCAGAGCAUCUUUCUCUCAGCUAGCCGGUAGAUUUGGUGGUGAACCCCAAGGACAAGCACGAGGUAAGAAACCUAGCCGACCUCGAACUCUGGCCUUAACCCAUGGUCAUAGGUCUGGAGCUCAAACUCCAAUAAUGCAGCGACAAAGUUUACACAGCCCUGAUGUAAGAGAGCCCACUCAGCCAAGAUGUCAGCCAAGAUUGCAGCUUGUACCAUUAAAACCGGAUGAUCAUAUUUCACACAUGUAUUUGCCUGGAUGUGUAGAGAUUGAACGGUGUAGCGGAUGCUGCUAUGACGAUAGACGUUUGUCUUGUCAACCCACUAAAACAGAGCUGGUUCCCCUCAGGGUGAGAAAGUACUCGUGGACCGAUAAGAAAACCAACAAAGAAAUUGUUCAUGUUGAAAAACAUUUGGAGUGUCGCUGUGGUUGUAUCAAACAAGCAAAGGAUUGCAACUCUCUUCAAGAAUAUAAUCCCAAAGAAUGUAGUUGUAAGUGUGGGAAUGAAGAUGAAAGACAGAAGUGCAAAGGUUUUAACAAUAAGAGAUGGGAUGAUGUUGACUGCCGAUGUGUCUGCCGAGCCUAUCCUGCAGAAGGCUGUACAACUGGUCUUGAAUUUGAUCUAAAUACGUGCAGCUGUACUGCAAAACCACAGAACCGGCGACGUAUUCCAGACAACACCUACAAGUUAGACAAAAGGCGACGGCGUUGGCAGAACAAAACCUCUGACCCGUAAAUUUCCUCAACAUAUCAGAAAACAAGCUGUGCUUUUAAUAACAAUCAGAACAAUAAUGGUUUUUAUAAGUUUGAUGAGCUAUAUAAUAGAUUUGUAGGUACCAGUGAAGGGUUUAUUUCACCUUACUCAACAGUAAUUAUAGUCCAAAUGUGUUGUGGCACUUUGAGAAAAGAUUUGUUUAUGUAGUUCAAUAGAAAAUUGUUUCAUAAGAUACAUCUUAAGUAACUGAUAAGGGCUGAUACUAGUCGUGAGGAUUUAUGUACUGAUAAUUAUUUAUUUUAUCCAUUGUAUAGAUUAUUUUACUUUUUGCAUAGUGUCUCAGCACCAUCUUCACUUGUUAGCAUAGGAAUACUGACUUAAUACUCACAAUUCUCCUCAUUGCAGGCAUAAGACUUAAAAAAUGUAAUCUAAUAAAAGAAUCCACAUA